CAACAAUGUAUUGGUAAUGAACCGAAAAGAAUUGUGGUAUAGUACAGAAAUGUUUAAAAGAAGAGACAAAAGAAACAGAGCCGACGACCUUGAAAAAAUACAAACUCGACGCAAAGCUCGACACACUAGCAACACGUUACCAUUGAACCGAAAACAUGGAGGCUUUUCACGAUUUGAUACACAACAAAUUGACGAAUUGCAAGAGGUUUUCAAUCUAAUCGAUCAGGAUCGCGAUGGUCACAUUAGCAGCAAAGACUUGAAGGACUGUCUAGUCUCACUCGGUCAAAACCCCACUGACUCUGAAAUCCGCAGCAUGCUGAGUGAGAUUACAGGUCCUUCCGACUUGGCCCAUUUCCUGGAAAUGUUUGGUAAUAAAAUGGAGUGCGUUGACAAUGAAGAAUUGAUUCGUAAUGCUUUCUCGUGUUUCGAUGAGAAGGGGGACGGCUUUAUUGAUCUGGACGAAUUCCGGGAUUUGUUGACUACCAUGGGGACGAGACUUACUCCACAGCAGGUUGACGAGAUCUUUCUCAACGAAAAUAUCACAGACGAAAAUGGCAAAUUCCGAUGUGAUGAUGUCAUCAAGCUAUUCAAAUAUGGCGGCGAUGACUAAACAAGACUGACUCUCGAAACUUAGCCCGACCAAAAAUACGUCUUUAUCAAUGAAAAAUCUCUAAAAUUAUUUCAAAUUCACAUUGAUCCUCUUCAUURGGAUCCGGCUGGGGUGCCUGUGGGGUGGUUUUAAUUGCAAUUGUUGAUAAGAUGGGUUUUUUGUCAUUUCUGUGAGAAUAGGAGCAUCUGUGAUGAAGGUCUGUAGAGCAACAAGGGUCUUUAUGAACGAAACCUUGUUAACCUAAAAGAUCGUCAAAUCCGCCAUUUCAGCGACGUUUCUAGUUUUUUUAGRGGGGAGUAGAAAACAUUAAUUCCACUUCUUUCGCAAUGAUGUCAUUGCAAUUUGUUGUUUUAGCGCAAAGUAUCAUGGACAAAUUAAGAGGCGUGUGAAUGUAUAGCAAUASACUAUUUUAACUUUGUUUUAGCCUAAAUAAAUCGUCAGACACUUGAUGUUUUAAGUAACUGUGCGUGGCCAAAAAGCUUCUGAAACAUUUUAUGGGCAAGUCAAGUUUAUGAGCAAUACAGUAUUCUAUUUUUGAAGGAUAACAUUGUUUUAGCCCAAAUAAAUCGUCAGGCACUUGUCAUUUGAAGUAUAACUGUGCGUGGUUUAAAAGGUUCUGGAACAUUUUACGGGCAUGUGAAGCUAUGAUCUUCAAUUGAAGAAUAGUUGACGAGAUACACCACGGUGGGACUAUUGACGAAAGCACAAAUUGCCGUACCAUGCUGUUUUUUGUUCGUAUUCACUGUUGUCUCAGGGUGACAAGAAUUAGUUAUUUCCACUGUUUCCGUGAGAGAAGGGUCAUUAGCAUAUGCUAGUAAGUAGGCAUCUUAUUUAAUGCUUUCUAAAGGUUUCUCGACAUUUGAUAGCAUUAAUUUUUCAAAUAAACUUCGUGUUCGGUGUUUUUUCCAGACAUCCGUCAUCUUGUUGCAUUCAUCAAACCACACAUGACGUCAUUAGGCGAGACAAUCAUUGAGAAAAGACUGGAUAAGUACACCACAUACUAUUGAUUUCAUUUUAUCAAAUAUACAAAAAAUACCACGAAUAAUGAGAACAAUAACAAUAUUAUUGACAACGAAAUAAGACGACUCUUAACUUUAAUUAAUCACCCAAAAGACUAUGUAAAAAUAAAGUUGUGGCUUAAUUUGGCCAGCGGAAAUAUUUUUCGUGGUCGUCUAGGAAUUGGAUAUGGGGGAAGGCUGGUCCUCAUCACUGACCACUGGCGCAUGCGGUUUUUUUAUCAUGCAAGCUGCAGUUAUCAUCAGCAGGGGCUGGUGGGCAGGCCCUUCGCUGCCUCCUACUCGCUACCUUCAUAACACCGAAAAUAUAACGGCCACUCUUAAACAAUAUUGUAUUUGUUACCACGAGUUAUAAUGAAUGGCAAUAGCUUUAACUACAGUAGUGUACGUAUUUGUAUAAAUGAAUGGGUUGCACUGAAUCUACAUUUUUACUUUCAUAUUAGAUCUUGUCAUAGGUCAGCACUUUGGACAUUCCCUUCCAACCCUCCCCCGACAAAUUUCUGGGUCCGCCCAGUAUAAUACGCGGUCAAAAGCAGCUGAGGCAGGUCCAUACAGAAACAGCUUGCGAAUGAAAUUGUAUAUGAAACACAAAAGCACUUUGUUAAAGUGUUUAAUUUGUGGUAAUACAGAGUAGGGAGGAGGCAGGGAGGAAUGUACCUUCCCAAAGGUUUUAGCAAAUGCAAUAAAUGUAUGGAAGAACAGAUUGAAAUAAACGAUUUUUUAGCA